AUGACUACUUCAGAUUUUCAACCCUUCACUAUUGUUAGGGAUGUGGGUUUUAAAAAGCUAGUCACCCGAUUAGAUCCUAGAUAUAAACUGCCAACUCCAUACAUGCUAAACAAUAUUCUUGAAGAAGAAUACUUAUCUGAAUGCACAAAGUUAAAAACAGAAUUAAGUAAAGUUGAUUUUAUUGGAACUACCAGUGAUUCAUGGACAUCCAUAGCAACAGAAUCAAAUUUAACCGUUACAUGCCACUAUAUGGAUGAAAAUUUAAAGUUGAAAACAAGAGUUUUGCCAACAAAACCAUUAAGAAACGGUUUAGACCACACAUCGGAAAAUCUUGCAGAGACAUUAACCACUUAA